CGGGUCGACCAGCUGAGUCAAGCCCGCGACGACUCGCUCACAUCGGGUGCUUGUUUUGUUUCUUCGCCUCAGGCGAACGGCGAAACACAAAUCUCCGGAGGGGAGAUUCUCCGAUCUUCAGACAUGAACGCCGCCAUUAGAGCAGCGGUUCUAGGACCGCGAAGCUACUGCUCUAAUACGCAGACCGCUCUUUUCCAUUCUACGCCCGUAUUGGAACGCAAGCGUCGCACUUUCUGGGAAUCCAAAUCAAAUUCAAAUGCAUACAAUAAAAGGUUCAGAAGGAGGAGGGCAAAACAAGAUUUGCUGCGUAAUGUGAAUGUUUUUGCAGAACACUUGUUUGGGGGUUGGGAUGAUGAGUUUAGUGAGGAUGAUCCAUCAUCUCGUAAGCAUGCGUCAUGGUUCAAAAAUCAGUAUGGCAAGGGAUCCAAAAUGAAUCGCGGUGGCAAACAUGGUCCUCAAAGUUGGGGUAAAAGGCAUUUUGAUUUUUGCGAAGAUGGAGAGGAAUAUGAGAUCGAUUACAUUUUUCGCUCCGCGUUUGGAGGAUCUCGGAGUUUCUUUUGUUCCUUCAUCCACGAAGAGGAGGAGCCCCCAUGGAGGCAUUCAUCUAGGUAUUCUAGCUACUUUAGGAGAUCAUGGAAGUCGAGAUACCGACAAGAAGAAGACGAUGAAGAAGAUGGCUACUCCUCAACAGAAUCCAUUGAUCCUGACUCGAGCCAAGCUUCUCAUAGACUAGCGCUCGGUCUGAGUCCUUCGGGACCCUUACUCCUUGAAGACGUUAAAAACGCAUACAGAGCUUGCGCGUUGAAAUGGCAUCCGGACCGCCAUCUGGGUCCUGCAAAGGCUGUGGCCGAGGAAAAGUUCAAGCUCUGCAGUGCUGCGUAUCAAUCUUUAUGCGAUAAGCUAUCAAUUAACUAAAGGGUAUGAUGAUUCUUCCCUCAGGAUUCGAGGCAAAGAAGAUGAUAAAGAGUUAGUUAGGUUUUGUCUCUUAGAGAUGUCUCAUAGAAAUAAUGCUGAAACUGUCUGUGUAACCUUUAUAGCUCACAGCAAUGUACGUUUUUGUCGUAAUCCCAUCAUUUUUUGCUUUACUCAGAGAGAUCUUUACUUGGUGCAAUAUUUUUAACAUUUGUUUC